AUAAUUAGGUCACAGUCUAUACGAAUACAACCCGAUUAUGUUAGCAUUUCAGAGAAUUGUUCGGCAAAUUAACUACAGUAUGGAACAUGUAUCUCCGUUUAUUUGUAAAGUUCACUUACCUGGAGGUUUCCCUUAUGAAUCAUUUGAUAACGCCGCUGGAAAGAUAAAACCAAGGAGCUUACUUAUGGUAAUUGAAUCUUCAAGAGUAAUAAGUUUUUGGCCAAAGAAAUUAGAAUCAUUUCUGGACAUGGAAAGGAUAUCACGAAGUAACCUGAUUUAUAUAGCAACAAUUCAAUUACAAGUAUCUCCUUCAGUAUAUUUGCUAGAUACCCCGAAAUAUCCGCUCACAGUAACACAUUCUUUAGUCUAUAUAGGAAAUUCUUCGAAACGUAUUUCCAGUAUCCUUAGUUGUCCAGAAGUGCCAAAACCGUAUGCACAAUUUGAUGUUCAUCAUGUUCUUGUCGAUCCAGCUACCCGGAAACCAACUGCCUUACCACUAUGGUGGACGGCUAAGUAUGGUAGCUUGAAGUCGGAAGUUGUUCGUCCAUUACAAAUGGAUCAUUUGUUACGACCGGACCAAUGUUUAAAAGAUGAAAUAAUUGUUCAUCCCCUUGAUUGUGAUGUUUAUGAGCAUACAAGCUGGUCAAACUAUGGAAAUUUUUGUUACGACACAUGUUGUGUUUUUGCACGAAAGUCGCUCUACAAAACCAUCAAUAGUCAGUCAUUGAAGAAUGGACUAAAAUCAAUCACCGUUUCAUUCAAGAAGGAAUCCCUUGAAUUUGAAUCCCUAAAUAUCUACUCAUGGGAUGAUAUUCUUGCACCAAACAAGGCUUACUUUGAAAUUCUAAAUCAAAAUGGAGAGACAUGUUGUCAAGCUUCAAUUGAAUUCUUCUCUUAUUCACCAGAAGAAGAACUAAGAUUGGAAACUCAAGCAACGUCAAUACUUUAAUGGAUAAAAUGACUGUUAAUAUUUUAUGAUAUUCAGAUUAAGGAUUAUAUUUUUUCCCAUUGCACCAAUUAGGCAGCAACCAAUUAACUUCAAAAGGGGGGUGGUAUUUUGUCUGAUUUCAGAAAUUUUUUUCUCGCACAAUUUUUUUUUAGUUUUUCAACGCUAUCAAUCAAAUUAUUUGUUUUCUUCAAAAUUUAACACUAUAAGGUAAGGUGAAAAUCUGGAUUUAGAAUUUUUUUGUCAUCUGCUUGACCACAAUAUUUUUUUUAAUCAAAAUUGGGGAUCAGAAUAUUUUUUUAGGAAAGAACAUAACCCCCAACCCCUUGAAGUUAAAUGGUCGUUCCCUUAUAAUUUAUAAAUUGAAACAUGUCCAUA